AGGAACAAUCUCCACAGAGGCCACACAAAGCAGUUGAUUUUUACACAGGAUCCUCAUGCUGUGAGAAGGCAUAGGGAGUUUUUUUACUUGCUUUCACUCUCAUGUGAGUCGUGCCAAUUAAGCUGAAUGAGAAGCAGCUGCUCCACCUGUCAGGGAGUCUCAGUUUCCAAAGAUGAAGGCCUACAGUACAGACUUCAUUUUGGUGACAUUUAUUUCAUUAUCACUGCUUCUUUUGAGAUGUAAAGCUGCCUUAAAACAAUUUCAAGCAACAGUCAAUAACACUAUGAACAAUAAGACAUCGAUUUGCCAUGAUGGGUUCAUGUCUGUUUCCAUAUCAAAGGUGCAAUUUGCUGAUCUUCCUUUUGCCAUUUAUGUUCAGGGUAAGUCAGACACUUAAAAUAUAUCUUCUCGAUGAUGACACAUAGCUUUGACAUGUUAGCUGUGCUCUUGUUUGUGUCCAAAUUUACACACAGAUGAACACAGUGGAUAUUACCAAGCCAUCGCUGUAGCGAAACAAUGCCACUACAUCCUUGGCGAAACUGACACCUUCAUUAUCUUAACAGUUGCUAUUCACGGAUGUUUUGUGAGACGACAAGUAAGCUGAAAGGUCUUUGGGAAAUAUACCACAGAUCUGACUGUUGUCAUUAUGGCACAUGCAGACAGGGGAAGAGUUGAAAUUGUCAAGUCAAUACCCCUCAUCUGUCAAAGGAAAACUAAAGAAGUGAACAAAAUUGAUUAUCCACUGGUGUCAAGACAUUUGUUCUGCAACAAGGAUGGGUUCAACAUUACCAUCCCUCAGAAUGCCACAGUCCCACCUCUGAACCUGGAUGCAGUCUGGAUCCCUUCAAACCAAAGCCACACCUGUAAACCCAAAAAAAGAUCCAUGGAGGCUGUCACUUUCAGCUUCUCAUUCUCUGACUGUGGCACUCAGUCCAUAACAGCAGAUGGCAUUAUAACCUACUGGGUCAACAUUGAGGUGAAACAACAUCUGCAGAGAGGCUCUAUAUUCCGUGACACUCCGUUCCAUCUAACUGUGCGCUGUACCUUUGCACUGGGCCAAAUUACUCAUCUGGGCAUCGAGGUUCAGGGACAAAAGUUCCUGUCAACACUGAAGAGUGAGGGAAUCUUGAGGACUGAAAUGAGGUUUGCCAAAGAUUCCAAAUACGGGUCUUUCUAUUCAUUUCAAGACCCUCCAAUCAUGACUGAGCUUGGUCAGCCUGUGUAUGUGGAAGUGUCUGCUCUUAAACAUAAGGACAAGGAUUUGACGCUGCUGCUCCAGGACUGCUGGGCGACACCGACUAAAAACCCACAUGACCCACAAAGAUGGAACCUGCUUGUUAAAGGAUGUCCUUUCACAGGUGAUAACCACAAAACUGUUGUGCUGCCAGUUGUCUCCAGUAAGGAGCUGAAGUAUCCCUCUCUUCAUAAGUGGUUUGUGGUCAAGAUGUUCUCAUUUGUGAAGCCCCCAACAUUUGAACAUUUGGUAUAUUUCCACUGUGAUAUAGAGAUCUGUAAAGGACCAGAUUGCCCACAGUCCUGCAGCAGUGGAAGGCGUAAAUUAAGAAGAAUCACACCAGGGCCAGGACAAAGGAUUCUUUACAGUGUAGUCUCUGGUGGACCACUUCUUUAUCUACUGUAAAUAACCAAGUGGUAUAGUCAAGUCAUAUUUGGAAGCAACUGUUCUGUGAAAAAUAAAUCUGUACUUUACUAUAAAUGUGAUUUUAGUCUUUUUCACUUUCAACUACUUUUGAUUUUAUCAAAUUAAUUUUUAAUAAUGCAAGUUGUCAGAAGGUCCACUUUUAAAUUGAGAUAGAAGUUACUAGAGACCAUUUUUAUGAUUACAAUAAAAAGAAAUACACACA